GCCCCGCGGCGUAGGCAAGCCGAAGGCAGCCAGCGCCGCGGCCGCUCUUUUCGCGAGGCCGCUCAGAACGAGGCGCAGUUUUGCAGCCCGCGGUGGCUCCACCAUGUCCGCGAGCAACGGCGGGGACUGGCGCGCCUUGGAAGCCGCGCUGCGCAACAGCCUCCAACUCCUUCGGGACAAGUGGGGGCAUCGGGCGGGUCUGUGGGGAACCGCGGAUCGUGCCCUGGGGGAGGACGAGGAGGAGACGGUAGAACCGGACACAACGCCGCCGAGCGCCCUGGAAGCCCUUCCGAUAGAUGUGAAAUUAUACAUUAUAUCCUUUCUCACGCCAAAAGAUCUGAUUUACCUGGGAAGCACCAACCACUACUGGAGGAUAACAACCCAAGAUCCCUUGCUUUGGAGAUAUUUCCUCAUUCGGGAUCUUCCUUCCUGGAAUUCAGUAGAUUGGGAAUCCCUCCCAGAUGCAAAGAUAUUUAACCAGCCUUUUGCUGAGCUAGAUAAUAUUGGCCCAUACAAUUUCAUGGCAGCGUAUAAAAAAUGCUGUUCCUUCCAUAGAAGGUGUUUGAAACCCAGCUGGUCCAUUCCUUCUUUUCUGCAGUCAUUGAUCACACAGGCAGAGCCUCGCUUUGCUAUGUUUGGGCCUGGUUUGGAAGAUUUGGAUCAAUCUUUGGUGUACAAAAUGAUGGGAAGUCCAGAGAUUCUGCCACUAGCUGGCAUGCCUUCUAGACAAAUACAUGGAAUAGGCUCCGGUGUCACAUUUCAUUUGAAUGGCCAGAAGUUUAACAUUCUGACGCUGUAUUCAAAAACUAGCAAAGAAAGACAGAGAGGCAAAGAGGAUACAAAUUCCAUCAAUAAGAUAUUCUAUGAAGUGAGCAAACUGGAUGGGACAACACAGUAUAAUCUAAUUGAACAUGUUCAGAAUGUGUGCAGGCUAGUGGAUGGAUUCAUCUAUGUUGCAGAUGCUGAGGCUCAUAAAAGACACAAUCGCCAAACUGAAUUUGCUCGAAUGGCAGCAAUGCUUGAUCCAACACUUGGGCCUUCAGCCAGACCUCUGUUGAUUCUGUCCUGCAUUUCAUAUGAUAGGAUGGAAAGGAUUCCUUGUGUUUACCUGGCACAUCAGCUGCAACUAAACCUGGUUGACCGACCAUGGAUGGUUCAGGACACUGAAGCUGCCACACUGGUUGGACUGUUGGAUGGAAUUCAGUGGCUCCUGGAACAAAUCAAACAUUAAAUUCUGCAAUAACCAAGUCACUUUUAAUAAAGAAUUACCUUAUUUACAUGGCAAAA